UUAUAUUUUAUUUCUUUUGUUAUGUUUUUUUGUCGUAUUUUCAAUCAUUUAUUGUUAUGCAAGGAAUAACCAAAAAAAAAUGAUCGGAAGCUACUAUUUAGGCUGGGGAAGUCAAGGAUGUACUGAAUGCAAGACCUAGACGAAACUCCAGAAGGGAUUAUAAUAUUUGGGUUGUGUUUGAUGCCCUCCGUAUCCCCGCUGGAUUUCAGAAUUGUUCAUUUUCGACGGAAUGGAAGGCCGGGAUUUCGCUCCUCCACCGCACCUCCUAUCCGACCGAGGCGCACUGGUUCACCGCGCCGCCUCUCGGAUUGCUUCCACCGGCCACAGUUCCGUACAACACCCCGGUCACUUCCAGCCUGGAAAAUAUUACCCGUCGCACAUCCCAAUGGCUCCUCACUCAGGCAGUGGACUGAUGGGGAACUCCUCAGCCUCCUUCAUGGGGACGUUCUUGGCCAGCAGUUUGGGCUCGCCCCCCUCUCACCCGCCUCACCCCUCCAGGCCCCCGUCCUCACCCUCCUCACCCUCCUUCCGCAGUGGGCCUCACUCCAGCGCCUCCCAGAUCUGGUUCCCCCACUCACACGAAGCAGCCCCCGGGUAUACCCGCUUCUCAGGGAGUCUGGCCCCCACUUUCCUUCCCAUGAGCCACCUGGAUCACCACGGCAACAGCAGCGUUCUCUAUGGGCAGCACCGUUUCUAUGACACCCAGAAAGAGAAUUUCUAUCUCAGAAGCCUCCCGUCCCAGCCUCCCCUCCUCCCAUCCAAUCACAGCCUCCCACCGCCCCCUCGGGCGGCGCCGGGACACCCGCUGGGGUCCUGCAGCCGCGAGCGGGACGCCGGCCUGGGAAAGGGGCCGAAGGAGGGCGAGGCAGAGCGGGGGCACGUCCCGGGCCACAAGGAGAAAGAGAGGCCUGGCGGAGGCAAGCAGGACGGCAAGGACAGGCAACAGCAUGGACACCACCCCCCGCCUCUGCCCCACCCCCACCACCACACCCCCCACCCCCACUACCCCCCACACCCCGCCCCGCUGGAGGAAGACGGCGGCCGGGCCGCGGGGUACAAGGAGGACUCUCUGUCCCGGGGCCGGCCGCUCAGCGCCUGUCUGCUGAACGGGAAGACCCCUGGCGGCGAAUCGGGAGCUGCCACCAAGAGCGCUCUGUCCAGCUGCGGCGCGACGGGGGGCGGGGCCGGCCAGGGCAGGCACAUGGCGGGCGGCGGCGGCGGCCGCUGCUCCAAGGAGGGCGUGAGCGGGGAGAUGAGGAUCAGCGAGAACCCCUCGGACUGCCUGGAGAGGGGCCAAGUGCUGCACCACUCCGUGCCCUAUUCCAUGCCCCCGCCCCUGCCUGUGGGUCCGGGGGGGGCCGGAGGGGGGAACCCCUCCGGGGGCUUCCACUGCCUGCAGCUGCACCCCGGCCACGCCCACCACGCCCCCCAUCCGCCCCCUCACCCCCACUCCCACCCCCACCCACACCACCAACACCACCCCCACCCCCACCCCCACCCCCACCCCCACCACCCCGACUUCUACUGCCCGCACCCUCCCGCCCCGCUCGCUAACCCCUCCCCCCACGAGAAGGGCCCGCCUGCCCCCGGCGGCCGCGGCGACCCCAAGGUGACCGGCCCCACCUUCGUGCCGUCCGUGGGCCACCUGGGCGACAAGGCCAGCGGGCCUUUCCAGCUGGGCAACCCGGACUGCAGGGGGGUGGGAGGAGGGGGCGGAGCCGGGGGCGGAGCCAAGGAGCGGGGUGUGGAGAAGGGGGGUGGCAGGAGUGGCAGCGGCGGGGGGGUGCCGGCUGUGCCCCCGCCCCCUCCCCCUCCCCCGCCUCUGCCCCACCCCUCUGGCGGUUGGCAGAGGAAGCAGCAGCAGAGCCAUCAGCAGCAGCAGCAGCAACAACACGCCUACGCCAAGGCCGACAAGGCCCCUGAUUGGCUGCAGCCGCACCACCAGCACCUGCAGCAGCAGCAGCAGCAUGUGGCCGCUCGUUCCCGCAGCGCCGACUGCAUCAGCAGCGCCGACGUCGACGUGUACCGGCCCUCCCUGCCCCAGGGGGCCAAGGCCGGCCACGCGGGGGGGGCGGUCGGCACGCUGCCCUACCGGGACUGCUCCCUGUCGGGCCCGCCCCCCGGUGCCCCGCCCCGCGACGGGAAGAGCGCGCCUCAGCACGGGGCCGCCGCGUGCGGGGGCGGGGGGGGCUGCGCCGUGCGGGAGGGGGGGCAGAAGGUGGCCCGGAUCCGGCACCAGCAGCACGGCAGGCCCGGCUCAGAGGGGGCGGGGCCCGACAUGGUGCUGGACAGCGGGGGCGGGCAGGACCACGCCAAGCGCAAGCCGGACGUCUCCUCCCUGGGCUAUGGCAGCCGCGGCCAGCAGCAGGGGGCGCCGUUACCCCCGUGGACAGUGCAAGGACACCAAAUCCGGGUGGAGGAGGAGCAGAGAAAGGCCUACAUGGAGUCGUUCGGCGGGGGUGGGGCCCGCCAGCAGCAGCAGCAGCAGCAGCAGCAGCAGCAGCAGCAGCAGCAGCCCGGGAUGGGCCCAUCUCCGGGCCCCCAGGACGCCCACAUUUCCCAGGGCGAGGGGAACGCCAUGAAGAGCCUCCUGAAGUACAGCAGCCAGCAGCAGCAGCCCUUCGGGGGCCUCGGCACCCUAAAAUCCGGGCCCGGGGGGAACAGCUGCAUUCUGCAGAACGGCAAGCAGGGCCUGCCCCCGAGGAAGGGCCCGGCCAGUGACGGCGAGCGGCCGGACUGCGGGGGGCGGGGCCGGGAGGCGGGGGAGGCGCACGCGGGGGAGGGGGAGGUGCGGCAGCCGCCCGUGGGCAUCGCUGUCGCCGUGGCGAGGCAGAGGGACCCGCCCUGCCGCCCCCUGGACGCCCACGCCAGCCACAGCCGCCAGGGCCGGGUGCUGCCCGCCAUGAAAGGGGUGUCGCGCUCUGCUUUUCCGCUGGAUCCUGAUGGAGACGAGGAGAGGAAGAGGAUGUGCAGCGAGCAGCUGGGCUUGUCCUGCCUGGACAGAGAACGAGAGCUGCUAAUCAGGGACAACAAAGACAGAGUGGAGUUUGCCAGGAUCCGUCCCUCCAGCAGUUGCCACGGAGACCUCACCUCCCACCUCAUGGUGCCAGGCGGGGCGUCCUUGCAGUCCAGCCAAUUAGGUGCCGACCCCGCCGCACACGCCCACCCGGCCCACCACCACUGGAUGCCAAGGACAGGAAGCCCCUCCCUGUGGAUGACGGGGCAUUCCUACGGGUUGAGCCACACGGCGCUGCAUCAGAACCUGCCGCCUGGCUUCUCUGCCGCCAUGCCCAGCCCCCUGCAGCCAGUUCUACCCCUCCCCCAGGACCCCUCCACCCAGCUGGUGGUGCUGCCCGCCGAGCCGGCAACCCACCCCACAGCCCACCCCCUCGACGUUAUGGAGCAGCCUGGCCUCUGGCCCCCAGUGUACGGCGCCCGGGGGCCCCCCUCUCACAUGCAGCACCCCGCUGUGUACUCCCGCUCACAGUUUCUACGGCAACAGGAGCUCUAUGCACUGCAGCAGCAUCAGCACCAGCAACAGCAGCAUCACCAUCAGCAUCACCACCAUCACCACCAUCAACAGCAGCAGCAGCAGCACAGACAGACCCCACAGGGAGUGGAGUUACAGCACAGACACGGCCACUCCCAGGUGCAGAAGAAGCCAGACGACCCCCCCAUGGAGCUGGAAGAUCUGCUGCAGGAGCCCAGAACCCCCAAACCAGCCAAGCCCUACUCCUACACCCCGUCCAACAAAAACACUCCCUCCCCAGGAGCCUGCACCGCCCACCUAUCCCCCUGCUGUCGCUCACCCUCCCUGCACCCCCACCCCAAAAACACGCCCUGCCCCGCACCCAGCCCCGUAGCCGCUGCCCCCCACUCCCCCACCCUCAGCCCCGCCCCCCCGCACCCCUCCAAAGGGCCAGAGUCGCAGGACAAGAGAGGGGAGGGCCAGCCCCCGCGCGACUACCCACAAUCCCUGGAGCCAGAUUUGCCACCUGGAUACACCUAUCCUGCCAUCGCCAUGGGCUACAGGAGUGGCCCCUCCCCCCAGGACGUCCGAUUGGCCGAGCCCGCGGAGCUUGAGGCGGUGCAGGCGGAGCCUGUUGAGCCGGCUCCUCAGCCCCUCCCUGGCAUCACGGAGGAGGAGUGUGAGGGAGGGGCGGGGCUAAGGGCUAUGACGGAGCAGCAGGAGGAGGAGCAGGCUGUGGAGGCGGGGCCAGGAGGAGGCGUGGAAGGGGGCGGGAUGACCAGCUGCUGCGCCCAAUCAGAGCUGCAGCAGGAGCCGGAGGAGGAGCUGUUCGCCUGCUCCUCCGGCGACGGCAUGGCCCUGGAGGACACACCCUGCCAUGUCACCCCCGACGUGGAGCUGGCCCAGGCUGACACCCCAUCCGUAACCUGCGGGGAGGAGCCGAAGGAAGGGGCGGAGGGACAGGCGCUGCCCAUCCUGCAGGAGGGAGAGGGAGGGGUGGGCCUGGAACCGAACUGCCCCGCAGACGUGUGCUCCCCUGAGACAGCCACAGAGGUGGAGCAGGAGAGGGAGACCCCCAGCGAGGGCCAGCCCCUGCCUGACUCCGCCCAUGCCCACGCCCCCUCCCCCUGCCCCGCCCCCCUCUCCACCUUCCCUGCUCCUUUCAGCUGCUGGAGCCUGGAGCUGCUGAUCGCUGCUGCUCUCUGUGCAGACAGGGACACGCCCCCUCCUGCUCCCGCGACCCCGUUGCUGCCCUACGGUGCCCCCUCCUGCGCUGCCCACCACGGCAUGGAGCUCCUGAGUGAGCUGGCUGAGCUGGAGAGGCAGCAGCAUCACCACAGCAUGGGCCAGGGAGAGGAGCUGUUGACCUUUGACCUCCAGAGCCUGGCGACCCUGGCAGCUGCUCGAGCGCUGGAGCUGGAUGCCCCGGAGGGCGUGGCAGAGGGUGCCGAACGGCACUGCCCGGUGCGAAGGACUCUCAACCUGCGCAGGAAGUGCAGCUGGACGCCCCGCCACGAGCCGGUGUGCCGGGUGAAGGGUGCCAUGGAAACGAUGGAUGGACAGGAGCUGGCCAUGCGGGUGCGGCUGGCGGAGCUGCAAAGGCGCUAUAAAGAGAAGCAGAGGGAGUUGGCAAAGCUGCAGAGGAAGCACGAGCACCAAAAAGAGGAAACACCACGCAGUCCUGCUCGGCGAGGACCUGGUCGGCCUCGGAAACGGAAAUCCAUCCCUGGGCCUGUUCCGAGCACAGUGGCUCCUGCAGAUUCCCCGAGGAGAGUCAAGUCCUCUCUUGGGGGGCUUGGUCUGUUGCCUGACGACCUGAGAGGGGGUGGGGAGGCCCAGAGGAAGAAGAAGAAACUGUCCAAUGGAAGCUUCGAGCAGCUCAGCACAGCACAGAUGAAGGCACGGUGCUGUAAGCAGGGUGGCCGCCAGGUGGUGCUGGGCUCCAAGCUGGCCCAGUUCAAGCAGAGGGCCAAACCCGCGGUGGUGCCGGCGUUCCAGCGGCGUGGGGCUGCCGUGUCCAGCGCCGGCCCAGCACGCCUUUGCCAGGGCCAGAGGGGCUCCAAGGUGGAGCGGAGGCACGGGAUGGAGUCUGGGGGCCAAAGCGACACAGAGGAAGAUGAUGAUGAAUGUAGCUAUGACAGUGAGGAAGGACAGGGUGACAUCAGACCUCCUCCUUCGAGGGACACGUCGUCAAGUUCAGCUGUGACUGGCCCCUCCCCUUCCUCAAUUGUAAAACUGGAAGCCAAUCAGAAAGCCAGGAACAAGAAGGAGAGGCAGAGCCUGCAUGGGUCCCACAGCUUGCCUGGCACGGAGGGUGAAGUGAAGGUGAAGGUGAGGAAGGGCGCCCUCUGCGGGCCGACGGCGCUCACUGCAGCCCGGAGGAGCGCAGAGAGCCAGGAGCCGCAGGGAGGGAGGAGAACGCGCGGGCCCGAGGCCCCACCCCGGCAGCCGCUGUGGGGGAGGCCGGGGCCCAGGGGCGGCCCGUACCGGCACAGGGCGGGGCUCGGGGCCCCGUCCACGGUCAGCGAGAGGCUGAUGAGGGCCACGCGCAAGAGCACAGCACUGCGGGGAGUGCCGGGAACGAGGCGGAGUUGCUGGGUGAGCAGAGCUCAGUCACCUUCGAGCGAAGACAACAGCGGGACCCGGAGGAACAGGAACAAGCAGCCUAAGGGUCGUGCAGUGAGCCGUCUGUUGGAGAGCUUUGCGGCUGACGAGGGCUUCCAGAUGGAUGAGGAUGGCAGCUUUUCCGAGGGGGAGGGGGACAGCAGCCAAUCAGGACGACUGCUGCCUGCCCACCACGGCCCCCCAGCGGCACCGGACUGCAUCCUGACGAAGGAGCGGCUGGCGGACGGGCUGAAGGUGCUGAUCUCCAAGGAGGACGAGCUGCUGUAUGCCGCCUGUGUGCACACCCUGGAGAUACCCGACAUCUACAGUGUGGUGAUUGAUGGAGAGAGAGGAAACCGCCCGAGAAUAUACUCCCUCGAGCAGCUACUACAGGAAGCGGUUCUGGACGUGCGUCCUGAGACGGAGGCCGUGCUGAGAGCAGGGACACGCGUGUGUGCGUACUGGAGUGAGCGCUCGCGAUGCCUGUACCCUGGAUACGUCCGCCGAGGGGGCCCUGGCGAGGAGGGGAAGGAGGGCAGCGUCAUGGUGGAGUUCGAUGAUGGAGACAGAGGGAGGAUCUCGCUGCACAACAUCCGCCUUCUCCCGCCAGACUACCAGAUCCGCUGUGCGGAGCCGUCCCCUGCCCUCCUGGUGUCCUGUGGUCGCAGGGGCCGGAGGAGCUCCGCCCUGGAGAGGGUGGCGUCCAGUGACGCGUCGUCUGAGAGACCGGAACCAGAGCCGGCCCAAACUCCGGAGAACAAGCCUGUCGUGAAGGCCAGGCGAGGCCGACCCAAAGGCUCAGGAAAGAAGGCCCCUGUGCUAGACAGUGUGAAAAAGAGCGCUGCCCCCCUCUUCAGCUGGCCUGCCAUGGCCGUCCCAAAAAAGAGGACCCCCCACGAUCUCUUCCAGCUCAACGGGACCCCCAGGAAGACCCUGAAGGGCAAGGAGUCUGAGCCUCUCCCGCUUCCGCCUGCCCCCAUCGCGCCCCAGGCUAAAGCCAUCUUCAGCAGCUCCUUCGAGGUGGACUCCUUCAGCAGCAUCGCCAACGGGUACUCAUCCUUUGGCAGGCCGGCGGGCUCCAUGCCCCUCGUACCCAGUGGUGCCCCCUGCAGUCGGAGCAGAAGGCCAGGCGAUGGGGGCGUCCCGCGUGGCCGGAAGGCAGGAGCGGAGUUCCUGGUCAAGCUGGACCAUGAGGGGGUGACCGCCCCCAAAACAAAGAACAGCAAAGCCCUACUGCUGCUGGGGGCCUCAGGGCAAGGGAACAGGGUGGACAAGGGGUUUGGGAGCAGAGGGCCCAGCGGGCGGGACGUGUCCCGACCCGGGGGCUACUCUCACCCCGUCCUGCUGGUGAAGGACAGCAAGUCGGGCGACGGCACCCGGGUGGAGCUCCUGCUGAAGGGGGCAUCCCAGCUGCAGAAGCCCGCCCCGGCCCUAUCCCUGGGCGAGUACGGCGAAUUUGGCAUGAACUGCCACAGUGACUGCCACAGCUCCUACUCCGACCUGGAUGAGGAAGAAGAAGAGGAGGAGGAAGAGGAGAGGAGGGCCGCGCUGGCCGCCGCCGCCGCCGCCUCGGGUGGGCUGAGGACGGCCGGCCGCUUCCUGUCCCGGCUCUCCGUGUCGUCCUCGUCCUCCGCCUCCUCCAGCUCCUCCAGCUCCGGCUCCCUGUCCAGCUCCAGCCUCUGCUCCUCGGAGAACGACUCCUCCUACAGCUCGGAGGACGAGGAGAGCUCCACGCUGCUGCUGCAGGGCUGCCUCUCUUCCCAUCAUGCCCUGCUUCAACCCCCGGAGCCCCCACCGGCCGCACCCCCCCCGCCGCAGCGGGCCUUUGUCGCCAAGGCGGUGGCAGUCACCAGCCCGAAGGGCGGGGCCAGCGGCCACGGCCCCAACAGCAAGCUGCUGAAGAGGAAGGCGUGUCCCGCCCCGCCCUCCAAGCCCCCCCGGGAGCCCGAGGAGCCCGAGGAGCCGCCCAAGAGGCAGCGGCUGCCUGCCGUCAGCCACCAGCCCAAAAUCUCGUCCUUCCUGCCCGCUCGCCAGCUUUGGAGGUGGUCUGGGAACCCCACACAGAGACGCGGCAUGAAGGGCAAAGCGCGUAAGCUCUUCUACAAGGCCAUUGUGCGUGGCCGGGAUACGGUGCGCGUGGGCGACUGCGCCGUGUUCCUGUCUGCCGGCCGGCCGCACCUGCCCUACGUCGGCCGCAUCGAGAGCUUCUGGGAGUCCUGGGCCAACAUGGUGGUCAAGGUCAAGUGGUUCUACCACCCCGAGGAGACUAAGAUGGGCAAGAGGCACCGGGAUGGCAAGCACGCCCUGUACCAGUCCUGUCACGAGGACGAGAACGACGUGCAGACCAUCUCGCACAGGUGCCAGGUGGUGAGCCGGGCGGAGUACGAGCGUCUGUGCCGGGACAGGAAGAACUCUGGUGGCGGCCAGGACCUCUACUACCUGGCCGGGACCUACGACCCCACCAGUGGCCAGCUGGUUAAUGCCGACGGCGUGUCCAUCAUCUGCUAACGCACGCCCACCUCCGAGAAUACUACUGAAGGAGCUCUCCCAUUGGUCCAGCCCCGGUCUGUGGCUCUGACCUGUAGGAGGCGCUGUGAGAGGCGGGGUCCACCUGCGGCCAUCUCUGCCAGGAGCGUGGGAGUCACUUUCAGUGACGGAGGCGCUGGCCAAUUGGAGAGGUCCAGUUCUACGUAGGGCCCCACCAUAUGCAUUCGGGGGUGUGUCCUGAGGUCCGAUGGACAGGGCAGCAGCGCAAAUGGGAGCUUGGUUUGGAUCAGGCAGUACAAGCACCUGCAGGUGGUGGAGCUCCACGCUGAUCUAGGAUUGCGUUUCCCCUGGAGAAUUGGGUGUACCCUCAGUAAAAUCCUGCGGGGGGCGUCCAGGCGUGUACAGGGGUGCCGGGACGGGUCACCCCAUCCUGACGGACGAGCCUCCACGAACAGCACCCCCCCCAAAACCUCACUCUCAUGAUUCCAGGGAUGUUUUUAAUGCGUAGUGCUGUAAAUAUCUGUACAUAAAUAUAAAUAUAAAUAAUUUCUUGUUGAAUAUAAAAUAGGAAUGAUUUUUUCCA